AUGACAAGCGAUGACCGGCACGAAAUUGAAGAAAUCGAAGGAGUAUUCGCGAAGACGCUAUCAGCAGUUCAUGCAAUACCUAACCUACUUGUAGAAGUCUUUCCAAUAUUGAACUAUCUUCCUAAGAGACUAGCGAGGUGGAAGCAAACCGGUGACACCAUCCAUAACAAGGCUGUGGCAAUCUUUACAGAGAAAGCCAAGGCGGCUCAGGCCGAUCACACAUGGAACUGGGCCAAGGUCAUCUUCGCCCUAAAAGAGGCGCAGCAGUUACCGUUGACUGAGCUCAGUUACAUAAUUAGGAUCCUAUACGAGGUGACACUUGAGACAACCGUCAAGACACUGGAAGUGUUCAUUUUAGCGGGUGCUUUGCAUCCAGCUGCUGUGAAGCGAGCCCAGGAGGAGCUUGACGAAAUGGUAGGACAGGACCGAAUGCCCACAUCUGAGGACCUUCCAACACUCCCAUAUACGGCUGGAAUUCCGAAGGGAGCGACAGUAGUUGCAAACCAUUGGUCAUUAGAAUUCGACGACAAAAUCUUCGAAGACCCAUACGACUUUCAGCCAGAACGAUGGCUACAGAAUCCAAAUCUGCCCCGAAAUGCCUUUGAGUUUGGCAGACGAUCAUGCUCUGGAGAGCACCUUACACGCGAUUCCCUCUUUAUUAUCAUCUCUCGUGUCAUAUGGGGCGAUAAUAUUGUACGUCCUCAUGAUGAUGACACGCAAGAAGGUAUUGACCCUUGGGCAAUGGCGGACGGCGUAACUUCUGGGCCAAUGCCUUUCAGAGUAUCAUUUCAGGUUCUCAGCCCCAAACACCAGUGUGUGAUUGAGAAGGAAUGGAUGCCAUCGGAAAAGGACACAGCAGAAUUCCUUGUUUCCAUCAAGGAAAGAAUGGAAAAUCAAGCUGCCUAG